AUGUCGACGGAGAUUCCAAAUGUGUCGGCAUCGGCGGCUGCUGCCGAAGAAGAGAAAGCGGUGCUUCUGUAUGAGCCACUGCUUCAAUAUCAACAGCAGCAGCAGCAGCAGCUGCAACCGUCGCAGUUUAAUAAUACUUCGCAAGUCGCAAUUGUUGGCUCCAAUCUUUGCCCCAUCGAAAGCCUCGACUAUGAGGUUUUGGAAAAUGAUCUUUUCAAGCAAGAUUGGAAGAUCCAGAAAUUUCAAUACACUUUCACAAAAUGGAUGCUGUGUUUUCUUAUUGGACUUGUUGUCAGCAUCAUUGGGUUCUUCAACAACCUUGCCAUUGAAAACAUUGCUGGCACAAAAUUCGUUAUCACCUCCAACAUGAUGUUAGCCAGAAAUCUGAUAACUGCUCUAAUAGCGCCAGAGGCUGCUGGUUCGGGCAUACCAGAGGUUAAGGCUUACCUGAAUGGUGUCGACGCACCAGCAAUAUUUUCUCUGCGAACUCUUUUUGUCAAGAUUGUUGGUAGCAUAUCCGCUGUGUCAGCAUCUCUUAAGAUUGGAAAGGCAGGGCCAAUGGUCCAUACUGGUGCCUGCAUAGCUGCGAUAAUGGGUCAGGGAGGGUCAAAGAAAUAUGGGUUGAACUGGAAGUGGUUGCAAGUUUUUGAAAAUGAUCGAGACAGGCGAGAUCUUGUAACGUGUGGAUCAGCUGCAGGAAUUACUGCUGCUUUCCGUGCUCCUGUUGGUGGUGUGUUGUUUGCUCUUGAGGAAAUGGCAUCUUGGUGGAGAAGUGCUCUUCUGUGGAGAGUUUACUUCACUACUGCCGUUGUUGCAAUUGUCCUUCGGGCCCUUAUAGAUGUUUGUUUGAGAGGCAAAUGCGGACUAUUUGGUAAAGGAGGUCUGAUUAUGUAUGAUGUCACCUCAGCAAACAUAUCUUAUCACCUCAGGGAUGUGCCUCCUGUUCUCGUUCUUGGAGUCAUAGGGGGCAUAUUAGGAAGUAUCUACAAUUUUCUACUAAAUAAGGUUCUCCGACUUUAUAAUUUUAUUUACAAAAAAGGAAUCUUUUACAAGAUAAUUUUGGCUUGCUGUAUCUCCAUUUUCACUUCCUGUCUUCUAUUUGGAUUACCAUGGCUUGCGUCUUGCCGUUCUUGUCCAUCAGAUACAUCAGAGCCUUGUCCAACAAUUGGCCGGUCUGGUAAUUACAAGAAAUUUCAGUGCCCUCCUGGUCAUUAUAACGAUCUUGCAAGUCUCUUUUUCAACACGAAUGACGAUGCAAUCAAGAACCUCUUCAGCAAAGACACCGACUCAGAGUUCCAUCGCUUAUCAAUGCUAAUUUUCUUUGUUACGUGCUUUGUCCUCAGCAUUUUUAGUUAUGGAAUUGUGGCUCCUGCGGGUCUCUUUGUGCCAGUUAUUGUGACAGGUGCAGCUUAUGGACGUUUUAUUGGGAUGAUAAUUGGUUCACACUCGAACUUAAACCAUGGCCUCUUUGCUGUUCUGGGUUCAGCUGCUCUUCUUGGGGGAUCUAUGAGGAUGACAGUUUCCUUGGGUGUGAUAAUUCUUGAGCUGACCAACAAUCUAUUGUUGCUGCCACUUAUAAUGCUUGUUCUUCUUAUCUCCAAGACUGUAGCCGAUGCAUUUAAUGGAAAUAUAUAUGACCUCAUAAUGAAAUCAAAGGGUUUUCCUUAUUUAGAAACUCAUGCAGAGCCAUAUAUGAGGCAAUUGACAGUUUGUGAUGUGGUUACAGGGCCACUACAGAUCUUCCAUGGCAUUGAGAAGGUUGGAAAUAUAGUACAUGUUCUCAAAACCACGGGACAUAAUGGGUUCCCGGUGGUAGAUGAGCCCCCGCUUUCUGAGUCCCCAAUUCUAUUUGGUUUAAUCCUGCGAGCCCAUCUUAUCACAUUGUUAAAGAAGAAAGCUUUCUUGCAAACUCCGGCACCAAUUGGCCCUGAUGCCUUUUUACAGUUUUCCUCUAAUGAUUUUGCCAAGAAGGGUUUGGGUAAUGGUGAUAAAAUUGAAGAUAUAGAAUUGUCAAAUGAAGAGAUGGAAAUGUUCAUAGAUUUGCAUCCUUUCACCAAUGCAACACCAUACACCGUUGUAGAGACAAUGUCUCUAGCAAAGGCCCUCAUACUUUUCCGAGAAGUUGGCUUAAGGCACCUGUUGGUUGUUCCCAAGGUUUCUGGGCGAAUUCCCGUUGUGGGCUUAUUGACAAGGCACGAUUUCAUGCCAGAACAUAUCCUGAAUUUGCAUCCCUCGUUGGCACGAGGCAGGUGGAAAAGGUUAAGGUUCCAGUUUCCUCGUUUGGGCAGACUUAUUAGAGGGUUAUGGUAG